AUGGCACAGGUCCGUCCUUCGGUGCCCGGGCGCAGCUCCUCCGCCCACGCGUUCGAAAGCAAGCUCAGCCAACAACUAUCACAAUCGCAAUCGCAAUCGCAAUCGGAAACGCCUUUCGCCCAGCGCGAAUCGGAGUCGCGAUCACCAAAGUCGCGCUCCCUCUCCGAUGCCCCCAAGCCCACCCCUCAACCCGCCACGGGAGACUUGAGUCGUCCUCCCAGCAAAGACGAUAGCGUGAUCCCAUCUUUACCGGCAACUCCCAGCAGGUCGAACCUGCACCACCCGAACCUCUCAUUGAACCUUUCGUUAAAAGGCUCCGCCUCGCCUUCAAUUAUCAGCCGAGCUCCUCUUUCUCCCAAGCUUGACUCCUCCCAAAUUGCCUAUGGGUCCCCAAAUUCCGUACUUCCACGCCGCUCUCGUGGUCUCGACUUCUCGCGCGCUUGCACCCACCUCCAUCAUUCGACCUUAGCAGAGUCGUCCCCGGACUCAUCACCGACCGUCGGAGGGCGCGGAAUGAUGAUCCCACAGCGGCGUAGUUCGCCCGGACUGACUUCGGUCCCACCUUUCUCGACUUCGGGCCCGGCAGACCGAACGGCGAUCUCGAGCUCAGUCUCGAGUGUGAACAUGUUAGAAUCAGACACCAGCAGCAGUGAAGGCGACGAAGAUGCCAUGAUGGGGGACCGUGAUGACGUGAUGCUCAGUACGCCGCAGGCGGCGCGAAUGGGCACCGGGCCCGGUCUUUUCGCGACGGGUACCAUCCAAAGUCCUGGGAAUGAUUGGAUGGGCGGCUACUCCCAAGCUGCGGCCAGCCUCAUGAGCUUCCAGCGGGCUCGAUUCCGAAAAGGGCGUAGCCGGCACAGUUCAAGCAGUGCCAGCGGAAACAGCACCAAGCCAAGCCCGGGGCCUCAUUCCCCUCCUGUCAUGAAGAGCGUCGAGAACCCAACCGCUGGGUAUUUUGCUCCCCGCAAUUCAAUUCAUUCUCGACGAGAGAGCUUGAGCUUAGGGACGCGAGAUCUCCGACUAUCCGAUCUGAGUGAUGAUGGAGAGAGCCGCGGCCCUCGAGGAGGCAGUCCUACCGCUGUAUCGCAUUCCGAUGGUGGGCCACUGGGCGUAAUUCGACGUGCGGUCACUCGUCGGGGGAGUCUUCUGCCCAAAACCAAAACGUUCGCCCGCAUUCGGGCUGCUUUGAUGGAAGAGGGUGCACCCGUUGACAGUGAUAUGAAACGGGAAGCAGAGGUCAUCCGGCAGGUCCGCGAUACUGAGCCCGAGACAUCUCCCACACUCAGUGCCUUCCCAAGGCUUCAACCAUCUCAACCGGUCCAGACGCCGGACAUUGGUCCAACUGCCACUGCUGCCAAGUCUGAAGUAGCAACCCCUCUGGCCAGCAGUUUUAGCAAGCAUGCUAGUCGCCAUUCCGGUGGGGUAGAGUUCUGGAACUCACUCGAUGGGCGCUAUCGGACGCCACCUCCCACUCGUCAAGGUGCACCCUUCGCUGCGGAUGAAGAUAUUUCCAUGGACAUGACCCCUUCCACAACUCUAGGGUCUACCACCGACUCCAAGCAGCGCUCCCGAUCCUCCACUCCGCACGCCCCGGGUAUGUCCGCGAUUGGCGAAAUCUGUCGCAAGCGGCGUCGUGAUGAUGAUUUUGACCCCAACCUGUUUAAGCGACGAGCCGUCUCACCUAGUGUGAGUGCUCAGAGUAGUCCAGUCCUCAAUCAUUCUUCUACAGUCGAUACCAGUGGACCCAACAUCUGGGGCCCGCCAUCCAAGCUAGGACCACCAUUCUCUGAACGGCCCGUCAGUGAGAAUUGUAACGGCAGCAAUGCCAACGGUGGUAGUACCGGUGGUGCGAGUAAUGGCAAUCGCCUCAGUUUCCAUGCUGGUACCCCAAAACGAGUUGGAUUGCAAGGUAUGACCGAAGCCAGCGAUGGGUUUAUGAAUAUGAGCAUCGAGUAA